CGUGUGGUCUCUCUUCGCUGCGCUUUCCCCUCACUUGAUUUUCUUCGAGAUCGCAUCUGGUUCCUGGAGGUGCUUGGGGAGCAUGGGAGCCUCCACUGCGAGGAGCCCGGAGCCUCUCUGGCCGCUGGCGCCCGCUCUCUCCUGCUCCGGAGGAGCUCUCCUGGCGGUUCUGGUGCUGCUCGCGCUGCCAGCGGCCUGGGGUCAGUGCAAAGCCCCGGAGUGGUUCCCAUUUGCCAGGCCUACAACAUUGAGUGAGGAGAACGAGUUUCCCAUUGGGACGUCUUUUAAGUAUGAAUGCCGCCCUGGUUACUACAGGAGAGAGUUCUCUAUCACCUGCCUAGAAAACUCGGUCUGGUCAAGUCCUAAGGACGUGUGUAAACGUAAAUCAUGUGGAACUCCUCCAGAACCCAAAAAUGGCAAAAUGGUCACAAACGGAGACAUUCAGUUUGGAUCAACUGUUAAUUAUCUUUGUAAUGAAGGGUGAGUUUACAGUAGCACUGGGAUGACAGUUCUAGAAUCAUAACACUAAUCUCUAAACAAUAGUCUUAGAAAGGAGAGUUAAACUACCUGUCUAUUAAAAAUAUAGCAGUAGGUUUUCUAAGUAGAUGUGGU